AUGAGUAGAUCAACCAGAGACAUCGGCGGCAGACUGAAGAAGACGGGCGUGACCGAGAUCAAGCUCACAGGCAACUACACCAGAGCAGACAUCGAACGAAUCGCUCAGCGAGACAGCAACACGCUCCAACGAUACGGCGCCAACGCAAGGAUAGAGGCCGUGCUCGACUACGGCAACCAUCAGUAUCGCUCAGGCAAGUUCACCAAGGUAGGCGAGCCGAUCAUCAUGUUUGAUCCUCACGAGUACGAUGGCGCGCCAAUCCCAGAGCCUGACACAUUCAAAUCGUUCUACAUCUACGUACAUCAGGCAAAGGGCAAGGCGGGAGGCUGCGACGGCGAAUGGAACAACUGUCUCUAUUACUGCCUCCUCGAUGCCUAUCCCGAGCAGGUCACUGAGCACUUCGGCAAGCCAUCGCGCCUCAAGAUGUUCCUCGGCCUUGAUGUCAAACAAAAGGUGUCAAUCAAGGGAAUCGCAGAACUCGAGGAGAGACUCAACAUCAGAAUCAACGUCAAAGGUGAUCACUGCUACGCCUCGCCCAGCAAGGCAACCAGAGAGGUCAACCUGAUACUAACCAACACGCACUACAAACUAGACAAGGAAGGCACCUAUGCAGGCAAGGGCAUUAGAUACACUCGACACAACGAGAGGGACGUCUACAUCAAGCCAAUCGUAUUCAAGUAUCUCAAAGGCGAACAGGUCCAGCUCUACGAUGACGGCGAUUACACGACCAUCAGCCUAGAGCAGUUCAUCAACAAGAAGAGGCACAAGUACCAAGACAAGUGCGAGUACAUCCGUAUCCUCUCAGGCAUGACCCUGGAGGAGACAUUGGACUCGUUCAAGGCCGACGCCGACAUGCUAAAGGAGGGUACUAACGGCAUCAUCAACAUGUACACAACAGGACAGAACAUCAACAAGGCUGCGAUCAAGCUGUUCCUCUCGUACAACAAGACGGUCAAACCAGAAGCCAUCAAGCAGGACGAGGGCGAGUGGAUCCUCAAGGCAUCAUGUGGACCAAUGAUGAUGGCGAUGCAGUUCACAGGUCCACUCUACAAGUAUGACAUCAGCAAGAUGUACGCAGCGAUCAUGAAGAGCGGUGGCUUCAUGGUCCCAAUCAAGUGCGGUGACUUCCAGCAUCUGACCGACAAAGAGCUCAGUGCAAUGAGGACUAUCCCAUUCGGUAUCUAUCGCGCCACGAUCAACGGCAAGCACGGCGCAUUCAAGACCAACAAGAAUGAAUACUACACUCACUACGACCUCAUCUUUGCCAAGGAGCUAGGACUAUCAUUCAACCUCAAGUGUGACGAGAAAGCGAAUGCAUUGAUCUACAACAGCAGCUGCAGGAUCAAUGGCUCCAUCCUAUUCGGCAAGUACAUGGAUCAGGUUCUCAGCUGGAUCAAGGCUGGAGUCCCUCGAUCAAAGGAGCUCUAUCAACGCCUCUGGGGUGCUCUCUCCAAGCGCAACAAGAUCAAGGAGCACAGCGAAAUCGAGAGCCCUGUGGAGAUGAUCAAAGCAGAUGGAGGAGAGAGAGCCAUCAGGCAUUUCUUCGUUGGCAAGGACGAGGAGAGCGACAACGAGAGCCAGACCAAAGAUGAAUACUCCAUUGAUCGCAUCCAUCCAACACCCAAUAGCAACGCGAUGGUCAAGGCAGCAUGCGACACCAACAUGUUCGACACGCCAUUCGCUCGCAUCAUGCCAUUCAUCAUCUCUCGUGGACGCAAGAUGAUUGGAACGAUAAUAAAGGACGACAUUGACUGCAUCAAGCGUGUGCACACUGAUGGAUUCGUCUCGACCAAGCCCUGGACUGUCAAGACUGGCAAGAGGUCACUCGACUACCCCAAGUUGGGCAAGGAGUGUGGCGACCUGCGAUACGAGGGCUACUGUCCCAAUGCCAUUGUCAACAACAUGCUCAAGCCGGUCGGAGAGUUUGUAAUAUAA